AUGGAAGCCUCCACUGCCGCUACACGCCGUCUGCAAACCCUGCGCAACCAUACCAGCUCCUCUGGGAAACGGGAGCAGGGAACCCUCCUCCUAGUCCUUCCUGACGGAGGAAAAGUAUCCACUGCGUUGGCAAUUGGAGAAGAAAAAGUGAAUGAGAUAAUUCUCAAUGGCUCUGUAAUUCUGUGCUACACUAUUUCGGCGUCGAAAUCAUACGCCUUUGACAUUACUUCUAUUGGCACGCGAUACCAGGGAGCGACGACCCACAUACCUAAAUACAACCUGUAUAUCCUCAGUGCGCCCCUCUCAAAUUCACUACCUCCUCGCUCAAAUGAUAUAUCCAUACCCGAACUCUGGGUGGGCAUAUAUGCAUUGUUCCAAUUAUACCCCGACAACGAAUACAUUCCCUUCGUCGCCCCUUCUAUCCCCAAUGUCGAGGAGCUCAAAUCCUAUUUACUUACCACAGGCCUUGCUCGCGCAUACCCAACUUCAGGGAUUGCUCCCAAAAAUUCUAUACCGACCGACGACAUUCUGUUCCUUUCCCGUGCAACGUUCUGGCAAGGCGCCGGCACGACUGGAUACCACCGCCUAAGCUGGAUCCUAAACCCCCAAAUCCCCUUUCCAUCCAUCUCCGCUUUCACACGCAACGAGAAAGUUAUCGCCCAACACCCCCUCCGUCCCUCAAAGCCGCAGCCAGGAGAGGUCCUUUAUCGACGCUGGUGCAGCCAUGUGAAGCAGACCUUUGAGAUCACCUAUUUUGACCUCGAAGGCGUACACGAUGGCUCAAAGGUACUCGCAGGGCCGAAGGGGUUAUCACGUCACAUGGCCGCGUUCCACAAGUGGCACAACGACGAGCGCGUGAACAGCGCUUGGGGCGAGCGAGGCAGUCUCGAGACGCACAGAGACUACAUCGAGGGCGUCCUCGCGGACCCGCAUGUCCUUCCCUGCAUGAUGAGCUGGGACGGGGAGCUGAUGGGAUAUACUGAGAUUGUAUACGUAAAGGAAGACCACGUCGCACAACACUACCCUACUGGUAUUACGCCUGGGGACUGGGAACGCGGCAUACACGUUCUUGUUGGCGAAGACAAGUUCCUUGGUGGCGGAAGAUCCGAAAUAUGGCUCCGGUCACUUGUUCACUACAUUUUCCUCGCCGACCCGCGGACGGACAGAGUUUGUGGAGAGCCCAAUCAUUCCAAUACGCCCAUUAUUAAAGUUGGGUCGAAAUCUGGGUUUCAUCUCGAGACAUUAAUCGAUUUUCCCUACAAACGUUCUGCUUUGAUUCUGAAUCCGCGAGAAAAUUUUUUCAAGCUGUGCCGCUUGCGUUAA